AUGGCUCCCUAUCACAUCCGGAAAUAUCAGGACCAAGACAGAGAAGCUGUGAUGGAUGUGUUCAUUAAGGGAAUACUACAUCACAUUCCUUCUGCCUUUUUCCAUCUGCUGAGACAGCCCAGAAGCUUUCUGGUACUGCUGGGGGGCACAGGGGCCCUGUUCCUUGGGUCUGGCUCCCUCCUCCUGUCUCUUCUGGCCCUCUCAGGCCUCCUGGUCUUCCUCUGGCUGCUUGCUAGAUAUCCCUUCAAGUUUUACGUGGACCAUGCUUUGCACACAGAUAUGAAGGACAUCAAGAAAUCCUAUCUCAGUGACAGAGGAUCUUGUUUCUGGGUGGCAGAGUCAGAGGGUCAAGUGGUGGGUACAGUGUGUGCUUGCCCAGCACAAGAGGCUUUAAGAGGAAAGAAAUGCAUGGAGUUGCUACAUUUGUCAGUGAGAGCAGAGUACCGGGGCCAGGGCAUCGCCAAAUCCCUGAUCCAGACUCUGCUCCAAUUUGCACAGGAUCAGGGGUAUGAUGCUGUGGUGGUGAAUGCUCUUUGUUUUAAUUACCCAGCUCAAAGGGUAUAUGAAAAGAUGGGCUUCUGGAAAUCUCAUGUAGCCUAUGAUUCUCUGAAAUGGAGAGUGGUGGCCAUUCCUUUUUUCUACUAUAAAUAUACAGUCCCUUCUUCACUCUGA